AGAAAUGCAAAAAAUGAAGAACAGUUGAAAUGCUAAAAAUGCACAGGAAAUGAAAAUGAAAGGACAGGUGGCCCCACCUAUCCAGUGUGACCCGGUGUCUCCCCUGGCUCCGCCCCCAGGCGCUCGGGCCUGCCGCGCUGGAUCCUGGCUGCCUGCCUCUUCCUGUCCGUCAUGGUGAUGCUGUGGCUGAGCUGCGCCAGCCUGGUGACGGCGCCCGAGCAGCAUGUCAAGACCCAGCUGAGCAUCAACGGAGACAAGGAGUUCUUGGACGACACUCGCAAAGUAAUGCCUUACCCUCUGACCCCUGUGAUUGCUGUAGCCGUCGGCCAAUCAGACGAGGGCGAGGAGGCGGGGCCGCUGCUGGUCAAGGUGGACUUGGACAAGACCAUUCUCUGAGAGUGGGGGGGGGAGGGUAUGUGUAGGGGGGUUGUGGGAUGGUGGAGGCUCUCCUUCUGCUCUUGCACUCUGUCGGUCACGGUCAUGGAUGGGAGCUGGGGGAGGUGGCGCACAAGGGGGUUUUCAAAAAACGCAAAGCACCAUUCCAUCGCUUCUCAUCAGUCACGCGCCUGUUUGGGAGCUGUAAAAUAGUUUUUACGCCCAAUGAGAUGUGGGUCUCUAGCCUUGCUUCUUUAGACAUGUUUUCUGCACAUUUUAGCUGCACGCGGGCAUGCGCAUGUGAAAUAGCGUCUUAGGAGCCAGGGGCCUCGAUCUUUCACUUGGGGCUGCAUCUGCCACAGAGUGGGCAGUGGGCACGCUGUCUGCCCACAGGGGAAGAGUGGGUGUGGGGUUUUGGAGGACACUGGCAAAUGAUAAACCCAAUGAGCCUGCUGGAGUGUGUUCAGGCUGUGAAGGGGCUGGGCUGUGCAGCAGGGGGAGACUUACAAAAGGCAGUGUCAUGUGUGGCACAGAGGGGAGUGCUUCACAGACGCCAGGAAGCGGCAGUCCUGUUGGGCUUGCAUUUCUGUCCCAUGUGGGUCUGACGUCUCCAGCCUUGGCUCUCAAUGAGAUGGGAGGGUUGGCACAGCACUGUACCUAAUCUGAAUAGGACACAUGGCUUAUGACGAUAAAGGCGCCGUGUUUGCCCAGAGAGAGUCAUUGCACUGUAUCGCUGCCCACCCUUCUCGGAGAGGUAGUUAGAUUAGCUCUAGUCCUGAGUUUGCUGGGCGUCAGCUGACGCGCUUUCCGAGGGCGGCGUCGUGUGUUUGCUGUCCCAAGGCGUGCUCGGAUCGCAGGAGAUCUGGGCCGGCGCUAGCCGUGUUGACUCUGCUGCUGGGUUACCAGCAGAACGUGCUUCAGAGUUUCCAUUUGCUAUCUCCCCCUGAUACGUCACAGACAAGGGCGAGAGAGAGAGAUAUCGGGGGUUUCUGAUAAACGAUCGGGUUCUCUGAUACGGUCACAAGUACUGUUGUGAAUGGUUCCUCCUGGCUCUUGAGCAAGCAGCAGUCUGCGCUGUCUCGAGGAUGUGCUGUAUCGCUGACCCUCCUGUGACUGAGCAGCCACACUAACAGUGCAGCCUGGCCACAGAGGUACCGAGCUACUAAGCUCGGGAGACCCUAAGGCACUGAAACAGUGUGUCAGUUGCACUGAGCAUGCUUGUUCCCAGGUCAGUAGAACUGGACUUGACUCACCCUUGCAAAGGCAUCGUCCCCUGUGCUGGUCCAGUAGCUCAAGAGGAUUUGCUUGUGUGUGAGAUGGAGUUUGUCACGAAGGUUCAGGAGGGAGGACAACAGCCAAGUUUACUUAGCCUUUGCUGUCAGUAAGCAGCAGUCACUCCUGAUGUUAUAACCUCACCUAAAACAUUAUAAAUACUGUACAUGAUCCCUCUAUUUGUCUGUUAGCUUCUCUCCCCCAGCCCAGCUCCCCCUCUGCAGCUGCCCCUGGGUCACCCCUCACUCUGGGGUCUCCUGGCCAGGAGCUCACUCCUCAGCCAGGCGGGUUCAGACAACUUUUUUUGGUGACUUAAAAGCUCCAGGAACCUUUCAGCAUUCCUCAUUCCUGGGCGUCACUCUCAGUGUCGCAGGUUAAAGCAGAGAGUCUGAGAGAAGACGGUUACAGCGUUCAUUCUGACUGGAUCCUGCUGUAGGGUUAACCAGUGACUUGCAGCUUGACGGAAAAUUAUUCCUCUUCUGUUUGUGCGCUGUCUGGUUAGGAAAUGCCCCGUAUAUUGUAAUCAUCUGUUGGUUUCUGGGUGAGACGAGGAUGUGAACGCGCAGUAUCUAGAGCUCUGCGGUACGACGCAGUGCUCUCUUCAGGUUUCUCUGUGUCAUCUUCACCUUGAGCCCAGCUCUUCUGCACCUUCUUCCUCAUUCCUGCUGUUUCAGAAUGACUUGCACACAAUCUAAUGAGUCACCUGAGCAGUGACUGCCAUGAUAAUAGUUUAAGUGUCCAUAAAUCUGUCCUUCGGAUGAGACGUAAAACCGAGGUCCUGACUCUCUGUGAUCAUUAAAAAAAUCUCAGGGUGUUUCUCAAAA